AUGGCCGCGGGCCUCACGGUCGAACAAUUCUACGGGAAGUGGCCCUUCUAUCGCUUUCUCGGCAUGCAGGAACCCUUUAGUGUCCUCUUUUCUCUCGGCAAUCUCUGGGCGCAUUGGGAUGGCUUGAAGAAGGUCCAGUCCAGGAUACCGAAAUCUUACUCCCUGCGGAUAUUCUACGAUUGGCUAGCGUAUGUCGGUAUCUCCUCUUGGGUUUUCAGCUCCAUCUUUCAUACUCGGGAUUUCCGGUUCACUGAGGAGCUUGAUUACUUUGCUGCUGGCGCCAAUGUCCUGUACGGUCUGUACUACACGGUCAUAAGGGUUUUCAGACUGGACAAACGCACCCCGCGAAGGAGAACCACCCUGCGAGUUUGGUCGCUCGUCUGCGCCUCUCUCUUUCUUGGCCAUGUCUCGUACCUCAAGUUUAUCCGCUGGGAUUAUACGUACAACAUGACUGCAAACGUGGCAGCAGGCAUCGUGCAGAAUGUCCUGUGGACCUGGUUUAGUUUUAAGAGAUAUAGGGAGUCAAGGCGCAUGUGGGCUGUCUGGCCCGGUUUCGUGGUCGCUUGGAUUAUAUUUGCUAUGAGCAUGGAACUGUUUGAUUUCCCACCUUGGAUGGGUUGUAUUGAUGCUCACAGCUUGUGGCACUUCAUGACGAUUGGACCGACAAUUCUAUGGUACAAGUAA